CAUAGCCAUAAGGUGUUAUUCUGCUUUAGUCAUACGCAAUCCCUUGUAGAAAGAAAGUCUGGUGAAAGGACAACUAUAAAAGAAUUAAAAAAUUUUCACCUUCUUUCAUAUAGUGUUCAGUCAUUCUUUAUUGUCAACAUGAGUCUUAAUAUUUUAGUUAAAAUAAGAACUUUUGAAACUGGUAUUUUUCGAAAAGCUGUGUCAGCUCAUAAGUCAGAAUGGAUAAAUUUAAGCAGAUGUUUAAGUACUACAAUGUCACGAACAAUGUUGAAGGAUUCGCCGAAUGCGGCUUUGGAUAAAACAUUACUGAACAAGUAUAUGGAAUUGCCACAACCAGACAAUAAAGUUCAAGCAAAAUACAUCUGGAUUGAUGGUACAGGUGAAGGUCUCAGAAGCAAAACAAGAACUCUCGAUUUUGUUCCAAAACACCCUUCAGAUUUACCAGUUUGGACGUAUGAUGGAAGUUCAACGUAUCAAGCCGAGGGAGGAAACAGUGAUAUUUUUUUACAACCCGUAGCAAUUUACAGAGAUCCAUUUCGAAAGGGAAAUAAUAGAUUGGUACUUUGUGAAACAUUCAAUCCCGACAAAACACCGACAAAGAGUAAUAAACGUUUUAGUUGCAAUAAGGCAAUGGAUACAGUUGCAUCCUCUGAACCAUGGUUUGGAAUCGAGCAAGAGUAUACAUUUUUAGAUUUUGAUAAUAGACCACUUGGAUGGCCUAAGAAUGGUUUUCCAGGACCACAAGGUCCUUACUAUUGCGGUGUGGGAGCAGAUAAAGUCAUUGGCAGAGAUAUAGUUGAAGCUCAUUAUCGUGCUUGUUUGUAUGCUGGUGUCAAUAUAUCAGGAACUAAUGCAGAAGUAAUGCCUUCACAGUGGGAAUUUCAAGUUGGACCUUGUCUUGGCAUAAAAGGCGGAGAUGAUCUUUGGAUUGCUAGAUUUAUUUUACAUCGUAUUGCUGAAGAAUAUGGAGUGAUUACAACUUUAGAUCCAAAGCCUGUUGAUGGUGCCUGGAAUGGUGCUGGUGCACAUACAAAUUUCUCAACAAAAGCCAUGAGAGUGGAAAAUGGUAUUACUGAAAUAGAGAAAGCAAUUGAAAAAUUGCGUAAACGACAUGUUAAGCAUAUUCAAGCAUAUGAUCCAAACGAAGGAAAAGAUAAUGAACGACGUUUAACCGGUAAAUGUGAAACAAGUAGCAUACAUGAUUUCUCUGCUGCUGUUGCAAGUAGAAAUGUUAGUAUCCGUAUUCCAAGAGGUGUUGCUGAAGAGAAAAAAGGAUAUCUUGAGGACCGACGACCCAGUAGCAACUGUGAUCCAUAUUCUGUUUGCGAUGCUUUAGUGCGUACUUGCAUUCUUAACGAAUAAUCUGGAAUAUCAACGAUGGCAUAGUUUCAAUAAUAACAAAAAUCUAUAAAUAUCAAAGAUACAUAUAUAUAUAAAGAUUACAAAUUUUAGAUAUAAAAGAUCCCACACAUCACAAUAUCUAUAUAUAAUUCCUUACAAUUAACUCAAGGAAAGCUUACAGCAAGAUAUUGUGCUGUGUGGAAUAUAAGUUUCAUGUUUAAAUAUAUAUAUAUAUUAUUAUUAAUCAUGCAUUUUAAAAUGUUUCUAACAUUAGAAUGGUUAUAAAUGAACCAGAUUGUGAUAACUUUAAAAUUAACAAAUUUUAACAGAAAAUGGUUUCGGAACAAUAUUAUGUUAUAGUAUAAAUAUAAAUGAUGCAAAACAAAAUUCAUGAAAAGGGUUUGAGUACUCAAAAAAUGAUAUUAAGAAAAUUAAAUUAACAGCUUUUAGUUGAACACUAUAAAAAAUUUUUAUAGUUUUGAUUUCCAUUUGUGCCAGAAAUAGAUACUAUUUUUUUAAAUGUAAAGUAACGUUGUUUUUUUUUAAAUGGUGGUAUAUAAUAAUUGAUGAUCAAUUUUCUAUAAUAUGUAAAUGCCAAACUAAAGAUGUACUUUUCUUACAUUAAACUUUAAAAGUAAUUAUGCCAAUACCGCUAGAAGUUUUUAGAGUAAUAUUUUUUUUUGACAAAAAAUGUGUAAAAUAAAAUUUUUGCAUUUCUUUUUUAAAACUUUGAUAUCAUUGUGCAAAAAAAACUUAAGGGUAUGUCAAUAAGUCGUUGCAAUUUUCCCACUGAAGCUCUAUGUAAAAAUUGUAUUGACUUUGACUUCUCUUUAAGUCGUUGCUGGUCUCAUUUUUUCCAGAAUUUGAUCAAAAAUUUUAAGAAUAUAAAUAAAAAAAAUUUGAAUUUUUAUUCGUUGUGUCAAACAUGUAUUGAAAUUGUUUUCAAAUAUUUUUUAUGUAAUGAUUCUUUUAUUUUUAUAUAUUCUGUUUUUGUAUAUUUGUUACGGUUAAAGUGCAAAGACGGGCGAAUGUGUAUAUUUUGGUAAUAGUGAAUAAUCUGUCAUUCUAUGAAGAAAUUAUGUACAUUUACCAACUUCGCACUUUAAUCGUAACAUUUUCACUUGUUGAGUUGUAUUCUAAAAAAUGUUUGAACUAGCUGCUAUCUUAGAGGUUAUAGGGCUGCGUUUUUUUACUUCGCGCACGUACCUACAAGUUUCAUAUAAUUUUCAGAUUUUUAACUUACAAUUUUGACUGGUAAACGAGUCUUUAUCUGAUUCAAUAACUAUAUUUGGUUUUUUUUUCGGUUCGCCAAGUGUAUGUCAAUUACUUUCUAUUACCAGCUUACUAUGUUUUUUGUACAUUAUUUUAAAUUAUUGUUCAGUAUACAAACCGAAUGAGAUAUGAAAAAAGAUAUUAAACGUGUUUUUAGAGAUCAGAUUUACUUAUAUAUUUAAAAUAAAAUAUUCUUUUAUGUACAUUUGACACAAAACGCCAUAAUAGCGACAUAAAUAUUUUUAAAAAGCAUAAUGCUCUCUUUAUUUUUGAUAUAGAAAUGUUUCAUAAAUAUAUUUUAGGUGCAAUUAUUGUUUACAUUGUUAUUAAGAAUAAUAUUAAAGAUUAUUUUACCACCAGAAUGUAAUUAACUGGUUGACAAUAAAAAUACUAAGUGUUAA